AUGUUCCGCAAUCCCUCCGCAGCUACCUGGAAAUACUCUGGUCGUCCUGCCAACCCCGCAGUCGAGUCUUUCCAUCGCACCCUGCCCGACUACGCAGUCACUCCUCUGAUUCCCCUUCCGCACUUGGCGCAGCAACUCGGUCUGGGACAUGUCCUCGUGAAAGACGAAUCGCGCCGUUUAGGGCUUCCAGCCUUCAAGAUUCUCGGGGCGUCGUGGGCAAUCCGUAAUGCUGUGUCCGCCAAGUGCGGCCUGUCGUCAUCUGCUUCGCUGCAUGAGCUGGCAGAUGCUGCACAGAAAGCAGCUAUUGAAUUGGUCACAUGCACCGAGGGAAACUGGGGAAGGGCUGUUGCGAGGAUGGCAAAAUACCUGCAAAUCAAAGCCCUCGUCUUUGUGCCGGACUUCAUGACCGAGACUACACGGCAGAAAAUCGAAAGUGAGGGCGCAAAAGUGGUGGUCGUGGAUGGCGACUACGAUGUCUCGGUUGCAAGGGCAAGGGAAGAAGCAGACAAGGGCGGUAUGCUGGUCAUGGACGUGUCUUGGGAAGGCUACGAGGAAAUCCCAGAGUGGGUUGUCGAGGGCUACAUCACCAUGCUCACAGAAGCAGACAAGCAGUUGCAGGAAAUGGGCUUACUGGGGGCGACCUGUGUGGUAGCGGCGGUCGGCGUAGGGUCAUGGGCGCAGGCCGUCACUAUGCAUUACAAGACCCAGGCACACUCUGCUACUGUCAUUACAGUUGAGCCCGAUGUAGCUGCGAGUCUGAAAGUCAGCCUCGAGGCUGGUGAGAUUACUCCCAUUUCCACGGGCCAUACAAUCAUGGACGGCAUGAACUGCGGGACAACGUCGACAACUGCAUGGCACAUUCUAAAAAACGGCGUAGAUGCAAGUGUCACAGUGUCCGACAUUGAUGUGCACUGCGAUUUGCAAUACCUGCACGGCAAAGGCGUCAAGAGCGGGCCAUGUGGAGCCGCCACCAUGACUGCGCUGAAGAAGGUGUGUAACGCGAAAAUGACCGACCUGGGCUUGAACCAAGAGUCUGUGGUCGUACUAUUCAGCACUGAAGGCGCCAGAGAGUAUACCAUUCCGGCAGCAGCUUAG